AUGCGCCUGCCGGCGAUGCUGCUGCUGGGUAUGCCGGCUCCGGCCGCCGGUGGCACCAAUAUCCUGGUCAGCAGCCUGGCGUCGCUGGCCGGCACGAUACGUCACCUGCGCGCCGGCAGGGUGAAUCUGCGCAUCGUGCUGACGAUGGGGGUGCCGGCAUUCAUCGGCGCGUUCAUUGGCGGGUGGUUCGCCGACCGGACACCGGAGCAUCUGCUGAUCGCGCUGGCGGGCGGUUUGGUUUUCUGGCAGGGCGUGGAGUUCCUCAUAAUUGCCAAAGACCGGAUCCGCUCAGGACGGUCGGGCGGGGCGCUGUUCGGCCAGGAUUUGGAAGGUUCACCCGGUCUCUUCACGCCGGCCCGAGUUGCUUCCGAAGGCGUCAUCGGAUUCGCGGUGGGGAUGCUGGGCGGCGCGGUCGGAUUGAUCCUGGGCAGCAUCCGUUUGCCCGCCCUGGUGCGGAUCCUCCGAGUUGACCCGCGCAUCGCGGCCGGCACCAAUCUGUUCAUCGGCUUCGUGAUGGGCGCAGCCGGAUGGGUGGGCCACGUCGUUCACGGCCAGGUGGACUGGGUGCUGCUGGUGAUGAUGGGCGCGACCGCAAUGGCCGGCAGCUAUUUGGGCGCCAACCUCACCGGCAAAGUCAAUCUGAACCUGCUGAUCCUGGCCAUGGGCCUGACACUGCUGGUGGUCGGUAUCCUGCUGGUCUGGCAGGGAAUCGCAGGGAUGGUUUAG